AUGGAGAACCCAGAUAAACGGCCCCUCCCCCAAGGGUGGAUAACGCAGUACGAUUCGAGGUACUACGUGAAUACGUCAGCUUCACCGCCUGUAACGGUAUGGGAGCAUCCUCUGGGUGCUCCCCCUCCCGCUCCUCCCCCUUCGCAUUACGCCCCACCGCCCGGACCUCCACCUCCCAACCACAACACCUACCCCGGCCAGACGCACCCAAUAGUUACUACGGCAAUCCUCAAGGGCAAUAUGGGGGAUACCCAGGUGCAGGCGGAGGAAGCCCAGGCGGCUAUCCCGGGCAACAGCCCGGCUACGGCGCACCCCCACAACCCCAAUACGGCGGACACAACUCCCCACCCCCCUCCGGAGGCUGGGGCGGAUACCAGCAACCUCCCCCUCAGCAGAAUUGGCAGCAAGCCCCGCCGCCUCAACAAGGAGGGAAAGGCAAGGCGACUCUUCGGUGGAUUGUUUGGGAAGAAACCAAGCUCAGGAUACGGAGGAGGCGGAGGCUAUGGUCAGCAGCAGCAGCCUGUUUAUGCUCAAGCGCCGGCCAAGUCAGGUGGGAUGGGAAUGGGUGGGAUGUUGGCUGCGGGUGGUGCCGGUCUAAUUGGUGGUGCUCUAAUUGCCAAUGCCCUCGAUGAUUCGCAAGAGGACGCCUACAGAGAAGGCUACGAGGAUGCCCAAGAUGGGGGAGGAUUCGACGACGACUUCUGA